UUGACAGAGAAAAAAAUCUUUUCAGACAUCCGGCCACAAGACCAGAACGAUCGAAGUAGCUGCCGGCCGGUGGGAUCUUGCGUUCAUCUUGGACCGAGUAUAUUCAUUCAUUACCUACCGGUCGCGGUCAGCAGUGGUCGAAAGAUGUUCAAAAUUACGUUGUAUUUUAUUUUGGCGGGAACCACAAUCAGUGCGUCGCAAUAUAACGUCGUUCUUGUUGUAAUUGAUGAUUUGCGUCCCGUGAUAUCGGGAUAUGGUGACGUCUUAGCAAAAACCCCAAACAUUGAUAAUUUCAUGAAAAAUAGUUUCUAUUUCUCCAGAGCUUAUAGUCAGCAAGCUUUAUGUGCUCCAAGUAGAAACUCUUUCCUCACGGGAAGACGACCGGAUACUUUAAGACUCUACGAUUUCUACAGCUAUUGGCGAACGAGCGUUGGCAAUUACACAACCCUUCCACAGUAUUUUAAAGAUCAUGGUUAUACAACUUAUUCGGUUGGUAAAAUCUUCCAUCCAGGAAUUUCGUCCAACAACAACGAUGACUAUCCACUGAGUUGGAGUCGACCUGCGUUUCAUCCAAAGACAGAAAAAUUUAUGAACUCACCGGUAUGUCUAGAUGGCAGUGGUGUACUUAAAAAGAAUCUGAUUUGUCCUGUUUUGCUGGAGUCGCAGCCUUUGAAGACUCUUCCAGACAUUGAGUCAGUGAAAGAAGCUAAACGUUUUUUAAGUUUUGAAGCAAAGAAACCUUUCUUUCUGGCUUUAGGAUUCCAUAAGCCACAUAUCAAUUUUCGGUUUCCAAAAGAAUUUCUGAAUGAGUUUCGUUUGGAUGAUUUUAAAAACUACACAGAGGACUCAUACAAGCCAGAUGGGAUGCCAAAUGUUGCUUGGAAUCCUUUUACUGAUGUCCGGUCUCGUGAUGACUUCAAGCGUCGAAACAUCUCAUUCCCCUAUGGACCUAUUCCUAGUGUACAGAGAUCGGCUAUCAGACAGGCGUAUUACGCUUCAGUAGCCUAUGUAGAUGAUCUUUUUGGGAAGUUCUUGGAAAGUGUCAACCGGAACAAUACAAUAGUUGUACUUACAGGAGACCAUGGUUGGUCACUUGGGGAACAUGGUGAAUGGGCCAAGUACAGUAAUUUCGAAGUUGCUGUUCGAGUUCCCUUCAUCAUUCAAAGCCCUGAGUUUCCAUUGAUAAAGAGUAAAAAUAUAAAAUCAAUUGUGGAAUUGGUUGAUAUAUUUCCUACACUCACUGAUCUUGCAAAGCUACCUCCGGUUCCCAAGUGUCAGGAAAAGUACACGGAUAUAGUGUGUACCGAAGGCAAAAGCCUGUAUCGCUAUUUUUUGGACCCAAACUACAAUGAUUUGAUGAUGCAUGCUUUAAGUCAGUAUCCCCGUCCUGGUUGGGAACCUACAAAGCAUCCAAAUAGUGAUAAGCCACGCUUGAAGAAUAUAAAAGUAAUGGGAUAUUCUAUGAGAACGGAUAAUUUUCGUUACACAUUGUGGGUAAAGUUUCAUCCUGGGAACUUCACAAAGGAUUGGACACAAAUAUAUGGUGAAGAAAUGUACGAUCAUCGAAUUGACUCGGGAGAAUUUAUAAAUUUAGUUGGAAGGGAUGAAUUUGCCGGUAUUCGAAUGUGGUUGCGACAUCAGCUUGUGACUGCAUUUUCGGACUAAUUAUGUUGUAUUGAUUUAUCACAAUGGAUUUAAAAGUGAAUCGAGCCUUUGCCCGAAAGCCACUUAAACCUAUGUUGUAUCGAUGGUUAUUGAAAUUAAAACUUUUCAUUGUUUAAAGUCUACAAAAAAAUUUAGUUGCUUUGUCAUUUUUUCAAGUAUUCAUUUU